AUGACUUUUGUACUACAGAGUGAAGAAGAACUGAAAAGGGAACUUGAAAAAUAUGAUGUGCCUCCAGAAGCUGUUGAAGCAAAAUGGGAAGUGCAGAAAUGUGUAAACCAGAUAACCUAUGGAGACGGACUAAGAGUAGCAAAUGUAUUGUGCACCUUCCCACCGGUCCCCUACAUGCACCUCUAGGAGACUGAGGGCUUCAGCCUGGGCGCGUUCUGGCUCAAGAGCAGCACGUGCAUCCCACUGCCGGACUACCACCAUAAGCUCAAGGUGCUGUGCGGCACGGUCCGCAUUAGCUGCACAGACAAGCUGGAACCUGGCCUGGCAUCGUUCGAGCCCCCGCUGCAGCCCAUGGACGGGCUGCUGCAACCCCGGGACAAGUACACCAAGGCUUGUGGGCCCUGCGUGCUCACUCCACGCCGGGACAACCUACACCAGAUUGGUGCAGUGGGCAGACCAGAUGCCUUCCUGGAUCUGGCCCCACCCUACGACCCAGAGGACUGCCGGGACUGCCACCAUUACAGUGUGGUGGAGCCCAACAGACCCAAGGAGGUUUCCGGCUCUGCCUGUGACCUUCCCCGAGAAGUGUGGCACCUGGAGACACCACUGGCCGAAUACUUCUGGUGCGAGGGAGAGCCCUAUCCAGGCCCCAAGGUUCCCUUGAAGCUCCUGCUCCGGGAACUGUGGGCCAAAGAUGUACCCUGCCCUGCUCAAGAAAGGCCUGGCUGCCCCUCUACCUUUCAUAAGGUCUCUUCUCUCUCUGCCCCCUCGACUGGACGAUGGAUUUCCUGGAGUAACCAAUGCCACAUCUUGGGCAACCUUGGGGCCCACUAG